CUUCAAUCGAGCAUAAAGCUCAAACAAAUCGUAUCAGGUGUGGGAUCACUAUCAGGGACAUGGCACACCCAACGGGCAUUGCAUGUUACGCCCCUUAUCUUGGGGUGGGGCAAUGAGCACAAACCUAUACCUCGUGGGAGAUUUCGACCCAAUCGACAUUGGCAUCCUGAAAAUCGAAAGGCUCGAGCCAUGAAGAUCCUGCGACCAGAUUUGCCGGAUUCGGACUUUCUGCGGAAGAUGCAAAGUAAAGAGGCGAGUCCUGCGGAAAUCCGAGAUUUUUAUAAGGAACGCGGUCUGAUGCGACAUGAGUCUGACAAUGAAAUCCCCGUCUACACGUCAUGCACGGGCAUGUUAAUGGAACCUUUUGAGCCCCCUGAGGGUGACGGAAAGGCCUCGCUUCUGUCCAAACAAGGAGCUAAAGAUAGCGCUUUGGUUGUUCAGAGGAAAGGUAAAACUUUAUUGGCCACGCGAAAACUCCGUCGAUUUGAAGAGGAUUUUGAUCCCCGGCAGUUCGCCGAAGCCUCCCAGGAGAUCUACAUUCAAGCUCAUGAAGCCUUGGCCAGGCACGAUGAGGAUGAUCUCCAUAAGUAUGCCACAGAAAAAGCUUAUCCGGAAAUGCUUUACAACACGGAGAAUAAAACCAUCUAUUGGAAGUUCAUCAAAUCCCUCGAGCCCCCCAAAACGGUCCAGAUUCGGGCUAACGAUGCUUUCACCAAGAACAAUUUGUUCGCUCAAGUCACAGUUCGAUUUCACUCCCAACAGAUUCUCGCCGUAUACGAUCGCUUCGGACGACUAAUCCAAGGCCAUCCCACUGUUGCCAAAGAUGUGUUGGAGUACGUGGUGUUUGAAAAACAUGCGGCCAAUUUGUACGGGACAUGGCGGGUUCAUGGCAAGAUCAUUCCCGAUUGGCAAGAUAAUCGAACUCCAGGUCGACUAACUCGAGUCCUCCGGAAAGAUGAAGCUCCUAUGGAGGAAGAGAUCAUUACAGAUGAAGAGGCCACCAAGAGCAAUGAGGCCGAAAGCAGCACCACGGACGAGUCGGAUGCGCCCAUUUAUGACCGGUUCAAUCGUGUUAUUGCUAAGAGUAAAUGAAUGCGGUGAUAAAGAAUGAGUUGAUAUCGUUAAACCCGAACUGUUUCAGAUGAUAUUUUCUAUCUUUUAGCUUGAAAUUUUGAAACUUCAAUUGAAAGUUGAGUAAGAAAAUACGAGCCGACCGAACCAUC